AUGUCCCUCACCUUCGGAAUGCUCCUCUACGACGGCUGGGAACUCAUGGACGCCCAAGCCCCCUUCUCGAUCUGGAUGAAGCUCGCCUCGCUCCAGCGACGCUCCGGCAGCACCCAUCACCACCGGUUCGUCACCGUCGGGGAGACAAAGACAAAGCCGAUCGAGUCCGUGUCCCACUUCUCGGUCCUCUGCGAUCAUGAUUUGGCUUCGUGUCCGCAGCUCGACGUUCUCGUCGUUCCCGGCGGCCUAGCCUCCGUCGUUGCCGCCAGAGACCCGGCCCUCAUCGCCUUCAUCAAGAAACAGGCUGAGAACGCCAAGUGGGUCACCAGCGUCUGCAGCGGCUCUUCGCUCCUGGCCGCUGCAGGGCUGCUUGACGGACGCAAGGCCACCUCGAACAAAUACGUCUUUGGCAUGAUGGUCCUGUACAGCGACAAGACCGAGUGGAUCCACAAGGCCCGCUAUGUCAUCGACGGCAAGUAUGCCACCGCCAGCGGCGUCUCGGCCGGUGCCGAUAUGGGCUUUGCCCUGGGCCGGUCGCUCUUUGGUGAUGCCCUCGUCGACCAACUCUUGCGCGACAUCAAGUAUGUUCCGAACGAAAUGGACGACGAUCCGUUUUCGCGCAUCCAUCCUCUCUCUGGCCCUCUCCGAUCUUGGCUGGCAAUGCGCUUCUUUGAACUUGGCAAGGAUAUCAUCGUCUCGGCAGAAAUCAAGCGCGCCGGCACCCAACACCGCUCGUCGCUGUUCUCUCAGACGCUCAAGGACCAGGUCUCGAUCCUCCUGGUCGACGGGUCCGACAGCCUCGACAUUGCUGGAGUCGGCGAGGCCCUGCUUGCGAUCGUGCAGACGCACUAUCUCGAGUACGUCCGGGUUGCUGCCGACGAGCCGUCCAAGCUGACCGUCCUCACUGGCGACGCAGACUCGGUUGCCGACCAUUCCAUCUGGCCGCUGACCUGUGCCUGCGACCGGGUUUUGCUGUCGGCCGACGACAACGGUGCCGCCCUUCCCAAGCUCGUGUACAUCCCUGCGAUCCCACAGACCCAGGCGCAUCUCCUGGACCAGGAACCAUUUGCGGGCUAUCUGCAGAGACUCGCCAAUAGCCCCGAUACCUUUGUUGUUGGCUCAGGAGAGGUUGUGCUUCGCAAGUUCAAGCAGCUUGGAAAAAUGCCUGCGAGCCUCAAGCUCGGCGAAUCGGAGGGAUGGUUCGUCCAAGAUAAGUGGGCCGUUGGUCUCACUGGCAUGCAAGGCAUUCGCGCUGUCUUUGAGCUGAUCCAGAUCAUCGCCGGUCCCGAUGCCGUCGCCACCAUCGCCAAGAACAUGGAGAUCAGCGAGACCUUGCUCCCGGCCAACAUCCAGCUCACUCCCACGGCUUAG